AUGUUUUGUAAAAAGGCGGGUAUUUAUAUACCAAACCAGGUAGAAGUAAAAAAACAAAUUAGAUGUGAAAAAUACCAUGUAAUAGACACAUCUAAACAACUUGAAAUUAUUGGAAGAUGGUUGGUUAGAAUAGCAAAGUUGAGUGAAGAUAAAUUUAAAAAUACAACUCUAACGGUUAUUGCACCUUCAAUAUUUCAAAUUCUUAAAGGAAUUUGUCUAACAAAAUGCACAUCUGAAUGUGUCACAUCAGAAUCAACUUUUGAAGAAUCUUCUGAUAUUUCAAGUCUAUUUAUGUUACAUGUUAGCAUGCAACUAAAACAAAUCAUUAUAACACAGAAGGAUCUAGAAAUUCAGUUUUAUCGGAAUUGA